UACAGCAUGAAUAAGUUACGAAGUGACUGUGUCUUUUGGCUGGUCCUUUUGAUUGGAGGUGCUCAGCUCUUGUGUGCAGAGGAUUUUGUGUACCUAUCUCUGGGAUCAACCAACAUCACCACUAACAACACUGAGAUCCCCAUCACUGAUAUUGGAGAGGAUGCUGUGGGAGGUCUCCCUUCUCUCACCUGUAACACUGACCUCACUGCCUGCUGUAGAAGUUUUGGUGACAAAAAUGGUAAUGGAGGUCUAGGACAGUGGACGUAUCCUGAUGGGAGAGUGAUACUAAAUAAUGCUGGGUCAACGGCUGUUAGUGAGCAGUUCUAUAUUAUAAAGAAUGCUGCCCAGCUGAUUAGACUGGCUCGUAGACAGGGUAACAACUCCCUCACUCCAACCGGGUCCUACUGUUGUACUGUACCAACUACUGGAGGAGAAAUGACCCUCUGUGCCAACCUGGUUGUGUGCCCAUCUCUCACUCUCGAUAAUGGAGUGAUCUCCUACUCUGACCUGACGUUGAUCUUAGUGGAGAUGCCACCAGGAAUUGCACCACAAAAGCCUUUAGUGGUGUAUGGAGUGGAUCAAAACUAA